AUGCAUUCUCGUCUUACGCAGAGGCCAAUCGUUCGAGCGGCUUGCGCACGCAGCAUUUCGACGUCAUACCUCAGCCGUCCGAUUGCACCGAUCAACGCAUCUAAGCCGUCCACUCAGCUCUCCGCUCUCUGUCCCGCAGCGGGCCUCCCUGAUCUACGGCUGCGAUCUCGAAGCAGCGCGAAGCGCUCUUUCGCGCAGAGCGACAGACCGGCGCAGCGUUUGGCCGUUUCCGCGUCCGCCGCCUCCGCCGCCGCUCCCGCUCCCGCGGAGAGCGAGAAACCUAAAUUCACGUGGGCUGGCGCCGCGCCGAUUCCGUUCAUCAUCUCCGUCGGCGUUGGCCUGGCCGUCCGAUUCUUAGUCCCGGUCCCUGCCGGAGUGACAACCCAGGCAUGGCAGCUUCUCGCCAUCUUCCUCUCCACGAUCACGGGUCUCGUGCUCGGGCCCCUCCCAGUGGGCGCGUGGGCCUUUGUCUGCCUCACCUUCACCGUGCUCUCCAAGACGCUCUCCUUCGCUGCAGCUUUCAGCGCCAUGACCAACGAGGUCAUCUGGCUGAUCGUCAUCUCAUUCUUCUUCGCCCGAGGCUUUGUCAAGACGGGCCUGGGGGACCGCGUGGCGACGUACUUUGUCAAGUGGUUCGGCAAGAGCACGCUGGGGCUCAGCUAUGGACUCGCAGUCUCCGAGGCGCUCAUCUCGCCCACCAUGCCCAGCACUACAGCACGAGCGGGAGGCGUGUUCCUGCCCAUCAUCAGCAGCUUGGCGCGCAGCUUCAACAGCCUGCCCAACGACCCCAGUUCCAAGAAGCUCGGCCGGUUCCUCAUCAUGUCACAGUUCCAGGCCUCUGCCAACGCCAGUGCCAUGUACUUGACGGGAGGCGCACAGAACCUUCUGUGCAUCAAGCUGGCUCAGGAGCUGGGGGUGGUCAUUCCCAAUGUCUGGGCCACGUGGUUCAAGCUAGCAGCCCUCCCAGGUCUCAUCGGCCUGCUGGUCACCCCGCUCCUCCUCUUCACCCUCUACCCACCUGAGCUCAAGGACACCCCUGAGGCGCCCGGGCUGGCAGAGGUGAAACUCAAGGAAAUGGGGCCCGUGACGCCCAACGAGCUCGUUAUGGUUGGCACGAUGCUGCUCGCCGUGUCCCUCUGGGUGCUCGGAGAUACCAUCGGCAUUCCCAGCGUGGUGGCAGCGAUGAUAGCGCUCUGUGUGCUGCUGCUCUCAGGAGUGCUCUCAUGGAACGACUGCCUGGCAGAGAAGUCAGCAUGGGACACGCUGGCAUGGUUCGCCGUGCUCAUCGGCAUGUCAGCGCAGCUCAACGCCAUGGGCAUCGUGCAGUGGAUGGCGGAUAACGUCGCUUCUGGGUUGACAGGAGCGGGAGGAGCGUGGGUCGGGAAUUUCUUCAAGCUGCAGGCUAUGUAUUUCGGUUCGCACUACCUCUUUGCCAGCCAAACUGGCCACGUGGGUGCUCUCUAUUCGGCCUUCCUGGCGAUGCAGCUGGCGGCAGGCGUGCCAGGUGUCCUCGCGGCAUUGGCUCUCGCGCUCAACACCAACCUGUUCGGCUCCAUCACCCACUACAGUAGCGGGCAGGCUGCGCUGUACUAUGGAGCUGGGUACAUUGACCUGCCGGACGUGUUCAAGUUUGGGGCCAUCACAGCAGCAGUCAACUUUGCCAUUUGGAUCGCAGUUUGUGCCUUCUGGUGGAAGGUCAACGGCUUGUACUGA